AUGGAUGAUGGAUUUACCUGGUGCAGACAACGGUCACUCUGGGAUCAGGAAUGGAACAGUAUUGCCUUUAGUGACGAGUCUCGAUUUUGUUUAGACAUGCACGAUGGUCGUGCCAGGGUUAGAAGGCGACGUGUUAUGGUUUGGGGUGCUUAUGGUUCCAGGUCACCUUUAAUCUUCAUUAGAGGUAACAUGAACGCGCAGCGUUAUAUCCACGAAGUUCUAGAACCCCAUCUUUUACCCUAUCUUGACACCCUGGCAGAUCCAACUUUCCAACAAGAUAAUGCCUGA